AUGUCAAACAAUCGAAAAAUGUCACUAUUUAGCAGAUGGAAACAACAAACAAAUAAUGAGCAAUUGGAAGGUGUCAGUGAAGAGGAAGCUAUUGAAUAUCGUGAAGCAUUCAGGUUAUUUGAUAAGGACGGUAAUGGUUCAAUAUCUUCAAAAGAAUUAGGUGUAGCAAUGAGAACAUUAGGUCAAAAUCCAACUGAGCAAGAAUUACUGGAUAUGAUCAAUGAGGUGGAUUUUGAUGGUAGCGGUAGCAUUGAAUUUCCUGAAUUUUGUCAAAUGAUGAAACGAAUGAAUAAGGAUAAUGAUAGUGAAAUGAUACGUGAAGCAUUUCGAGUAUUCGAUCGUGAUGGUAAUGGAUAUAUUACGGCUGAAGAAUUUCGAUACUUUAUGACUCAUAUGGGUGAACAGUUUAGUGAUGAAGAAGUAGAUGAAAUGAUUGCUGAAGUUGAUAUUGAUGGUGAUGGACAGAUCAAUUAUGAAGAAUUUGUACGAAUGAUGACAAGUACAUAG